CAGCUGAUUGCUUAGCUGUUUAGGGAAGAAGUGAUAGUCGAUCUCUUUUUAUUUUUUUUUUGUAGAAAAAUACUAAAUUUUAAUAAAAUGCUAGAUAAUAAGAAUAAAAGUACAAAUACAAGCGAAGAAGAAACAGAAUUAUGGCAAGAUUUUUUAAGCAUAACACCUGAUCCUCCCGAAAGGCGUGACAAAUGUGAGAGCUGCAAGCGUCCAAAGGUGGUUUGCUGGUGUCCUUCGCUGCCCCAUCCUCCGUUGAUCGUUAAAAGUUCUGUAGUUAUUUUACAACAUCCAGCUGAAGAAAAACGUACUUUGAGAACUGCAUUAAUGUUGCAAUUGGGCUUGAGCGCUGGAACUUGCAUAGUUUAUAAAGGAAAACGGUUUCCUGGCCCCAGAAAUCAACAUGAACUUGAGCCCAUUUUAAAGGCUCCCUAUUCUUUGCUAUUAUAUCCCAGUAAAACGUCUGUGCCUUUAGAGACUAUAAAACAACAGAUUAUAAGUGGGUCAGUUCCCCUUCCUGGACCUCCUAGAACUUUUACUUUGGUACUAAUUGAUGGAACUUGGCCGCAGGCUAAGGCUAUUUACGCGAGCAGCCCUUUAUUACAUCGAAUGCUUCAAGUUAAGCUUAUAGCAGCUGGCUGCAGCGAUUACAUUAUACGUACACAACCAACCGAAGGCUGUCUCAGUACUUUAGAAACGGCCGCUCAAUCGUUAGCCCUAUUAGAGGACAGACCAGAAUUGCGUGAAUUAUUAGUUAAGCCCUUGCAUAUGCUAUGUAAAUAUCAACUUGACAAUGGAGCUGUAGAACAUCAAUCUAAGGAAUUUCGCAUCAAACAUCAACAAUACCCCAAGCAGAUAGGUAAACGUUUAAACCGUUUACUGAAUUAUAGCGCUAUUUGUCGAAAAGAAUCCAAAGAAGCACAAGUAGACUUGGCAACCAAUAUCUUAUACUGUGAACAAGAGAAAACAUGAAGAAAACAUUACCCUACAACUAUUUGGUGGAUCAAUUUUAUAUAAAUGUAAAGACAUAAUUACAGAGUAAA